AUGAGGAGCAGCUUUCUCCUUGCGGCUACUGCCCUGCUGGGCUUCUCGGCUGCCGCUCCGCAGGCUGCGUCUGUCUCUACCUCUGCCUCUUCCAAUGCCACCUCUACCGCUUCUGCUGCCACAUCAACCUGCACCGGCAACACUGCCGACGACCGCACUACCUGGUGCGACUACGACAUCAGCACCGACUACUACAGCGAUGGCCCUGACACGGGCGUCGUCCGCGAGUACUGGUUCGUCGUGAGCGAUGUCACCGUCUCGCCUGAUGGCGUCUCCCGCUCGGCCAUGGCCGUCAACGAGAGCAUUCCUGGCCCGACCAUCUUUGCCGACUGGGGUGACACUGUCCGCGUGCACGUCACCAACAGCCUGACCACCAGCGGCAACGGCUCGUCCAUCCACUGGCACGGCAUCCGCCAGAACUACACCAACCAGGACGACGGUGUCGUUUCCAUCACCCAGUGCCCCAUUGCCCCUGGCGAGAGCUACACGUACGAAUGGAAGGCCACCCAGUACGGCUCCUCCUGGUACCACUCCCACAUCGGGCUGCAGGCCUGGGAGGGUGUCUUCGGCGGCAUCAUCAUCAACGGCCCCGCCACCGCCAACUACGACGAAGACCUGGGCAUGAUCUUCCUCAACGACUGGGACCACUCGACCGUCGACGAGCUGUACACCGAGGCGCAGACCAGCGGCCCGCCCACUCUCGACACUGGCCUCAUCAACGGCACCAACAUCUACAACGACUCUGGCACCGUGACUGGCUCGCGCUUCGAGGUCAGCCUGACUGAGGACACCAGCUACCGCAUGCGCCUGGUCAACGCGGCCGUCGACUCGCACUUCAAGUUCAUGAUCGACAACCACACCAUGACCGUCAUCGCCAUGGACCUGGUGCCCAUCGAGCCCUACGAGACCACUGUCCUCGACAUCGCCAUGGGCCAGCGCUACGACAUCGUCGUGACCGCCGACCAAGCCUCGGUCGCCUCGGACUUCUGGAUGCGCGCCAUCCCGCAGAGCGCGUGCUCGGACAACGACAACAGCGACGACAUCAAGGGCAUCGUGCACUACGGCAGCUCGACCGACACGCCGUCCACCUCUGCCUACGACUACACCGACGCCUGCGUCGACGAGGACAGCAGCGACCUGGUGCCCUACGUCUCGAAAACCGCCACCUCGGGCACCUCCCUCGCCGAGGCCGUCACCGUCGGCACCAACUCGGAGAACCUGUUCCGGUGGUACAUGAACUCGACGUCGAUGCAGGUCGAGUGGUCGGACCCGACGCUCCUCCAAGUCUACAACGACGACCUCAGCUUCACCGACACGUCCGGCGUCGUCCAGCUCGACACGGCCGACGCCUGGUACUUCUUCGUCAUCGAGACGGACAACGCCGUGCCCCACCCCAUCCACCUGCACGGCCACGACUUCUUCGUGCUCGCCGCCGGCACCGGCAGCUACGAGGACGGCACCACGACGCUGAACCUCGACAACCCGCCGCGCCGCGAUACCGCCAUGUUGGAUUCGUCGGGAUACCUCGUUCUGGCUUUUGAGACGGACAACCCGGGCGCGUGGCUGAUGCAUUGCCACAUUGGCUGGCACACGUCGGAGGGCUUUGCGCUGCAGAUCUUGGAGCGCUACACGGAGGUUCAGGAGUCGGGCAUUGACUACGAUACCCUGAGCGACACGUGCUCGGCUUGGUCGACGUAUGCUGAGGAGAACUCGGUCGAGGUUGAUGACUCUGGUGUGUAA